CACUUGGGUGCAGAGAGAGAUGGAGCAGGUGCUGAUAGAGCAACGUGUCCUGGAGCAUCAGAGAAUUGUAACCUCCCGUCCCCCCGAGCUCAGGGGCUUUGACAAGAACAUUCGUCAGAAGCUCGUCGAGUUAGAUCUGCCCGAUUACAUCCUGGACAUGGGCAGCGUCAUUCGCGGUAACACCGAGACACGCACGGUGAACGUCACCAACACCGGGCUCCUCCCGGUGUCCUUCAGCAUUGACAAGCGUGCCCUGCAGGGCAAAGCCUUUACUGAGGAAAUAGCCUGUGAGAUCCUCUGA